UCUCCUCUCUGGAGACUAGCGCACGGGGGGACUCCCCCGCGCCCACCCCUUCUCGGAGCGCCUCCUGCUGCUGCUCCCAGGUUUUGCAAAGAGCAGCUAUGAAGAGGAAACUAACACUCUACAAGAUGCAGUUGGUUCUUCUCGUUUUAUUGGUGGGGUUGCCAACAAGAUCAGUGCUGGCUGACUCCCUAGAAGAUGAAGCUAAGAAUAACAUCACCAUCUUUACAAGAAUACUAGACAGACUUCUGGAUGGUUAUGAUAAUCGUCUUAGACCUGGAUUAGGAGACAGUAUAACGAAAGUCUUCACUAAUAUCUACGUAACCAGCUUUGGACCUGUUUCAGACACAGACAUGGAGUACACAAUAGAUGUUUUCUUCCGUCAAAAAUGGAAAGAUGAGAGGUUAAAGUUUAAAGGCCCAAUGAACAUCCUUCGACUGAACAACUUAAUGGCUAGCAAAAUCUGGACCCCAGACACAUUCUUUCACAAUGGGAAGAAGUCAGUAGCUCAUAACAUGACAAUGCCAAACAAACUACUACGAAUCCAGGAUGAUGGAACUCUCUUGUAUACCAUGAGGCUUACAGUCCAAGCUGAAUGUCCAAUGCACUUGGAGGACUUUCCUAUGGAUGCUCAUUCAUGCCCGUUGAAAUUUGGCAGCUAUGCAUACACAACUUCAGAAGUGACCUACAUUUGGACUUACAAUGCAUCUGAUUCCGUACAGGUUGCACCGGAUGGCUCUAGAUUGAAUCAGUAUGAUUUGCUAGGCCAAACAGUUGGAAAGGAGACUGUUAAAUCGAGUACAGGUGAAUAUACAGUAAUGACAGCUCAUUUUCACUUAAAGAGAAAAAUUGGUUAUUUUGUGAUUCAGACUUACCUCCCCUGCAUCAUGACAGUCAUUCUCUCUCAAGUGUCGUUCUGGCUGAACAGAGAAUCUGUACCUGCAAGAACAGUCUUUGGAGUAACAACUGUGUUGACAAUGACAACGUUGAGCAUCAGUGCACGAAAUUCCCUCCCCAAAGUAGCUUAUGCAACAGCCAUGGAUUGGUUUAUUGCUGUUUGUUACGCAUUUGUAUUCUCUGCAUUGAUAGAAUUUGCCACUGUAAAUUACUUCACAAAACGAGGAUGGGCAUGGGAUGGAAAAAGCGUAGUCAAUGAUAAGAAAAAAGAAAAAGCAUCUGUCAUUAAGAAAAACAAUGCCUAUGCAGUGGCUGUUGCCAAUUAUGCUCCAAAUAUUACCAAGGACUCAGUGCUACCAACAAUCUCCAAGAGUGCUACAACCACAGAACCCAACAAGGCAAAGCCAGAAGCCAAGCCGCAAGAAGCAAAGAAAACAUUCAACAGUGUUAGCAAAAUUGACAGAAUGUCUAGAAUAGUGUUUCCAGUCUUAUUUGGUACUUUUAACUUAGUGUACUGGGCUACAUAUUUAAACAGGGAACCUGUCUUACUUGGGUUUGCGCCCUCAACCUAA